CCUGCGAUUGGCCGAGGCGCACGUCCGUCAAAGCGCGACACGGAAGUCGGUGGCUCCGGAGCAGAACCUGGGUUCAGUUCCGCUCGAUUCAGUUUCUUGUGUUGGUUGCAUCUUGUAACCGAACCCGACUCACAAACUGCUUGAGAAUUGAAAGUUGCCCGUAGAUUUUAAAGGAAGUAACCAAUCCUCCCUCCCCGAUGCAGGAAGGCCUCAGUGCAGCGUGGGUGCCCAGGGAUCCACUGUCCGAGUGUGGGGAGAUCAGCGAUCGAGACCCAAAAGACAUGAACCACACCAAGGGCGGCCUCGUCAUCUUCACCGCCAACUCGCACCCCUCCAGCCGCGAGCUGAGCAAGAGGAUUGCAGAGCGGUUAGGGGUUGAGCUUGGCAAGGUGCAGGUGUACCAGGAAGCUAACAGAGAAACCCAGGUACAGAUCCAAGAGUCGGUGCGAGGCAAAGACGUCUUUGUGAUUCAGACAGUGUCCAAGGACGUGAACACCACCAUCAUGGAGAUGCUGAUCAUGGUGUACGCCUGCAGGACUUCCUGUGCCAGAAGCAUCACAGGAGUCCUGCCUUACUUCCCCUACAGCAAGCAGUGCAAGAUGAGGAAGAGGGGCUCCAUCGUCUCCAAGCUUAUCGCCUCUAUGAUGUGUAAAGCUGGUCUCACCCACCUGAUCACCAUGGACCUCCAUCAGAAAGAGAUUCAGGGCUUCUUUAACAUCCCGGUGGACAAUCUGAGAGCCUCGCCCUUCCUGCUGCAGUACAUACAGGAGGAGAUCCCCAACUACAGAAAUGCUGUGAUUGUGGCCAAAUCCCCAUCUUCUGCCAAAAGGGCUCAGUCAUUUGCAGAACGACUGCGUUUGGGUAUCGCAGUGAUCCACGGUGAAGCUCAGGACGCAGAAUCAGACCAGGUGGACGGGCGACAUUCUCCACCCACCGUCAAGACCACUGGAGCCAUUCACCCCAGCAUGGAGAUACCAUUGUUGAUCCCCAAAGAGAAACCUCCCAUCACUGUGGUCGGAGAUGUCGGAGGACGCAUCGCCAUCAUCGUGGAUGACAUCAUCGACGACGUUGACAGUUUCGUGGCGGCGGCGGAGACGCUGAAGGAAAGAGGGGCCUACAAGAUCUACGUCAUGGCGACACACGGCAUCCUCUCCUCCGAUGCCCCCAGGUUCAUCGAGGAGUCUGCCAUCGACGAGGUGGUGGUGACGAACACGAUUCCCCAUGAGCUCCAGAAGCUCCAGUGUCCGAAAAUCAAAACGGUCGACAUCAGCAUGAUCCUGUCAGAGGCCAUCCGCCGCAUCCACAACGGAGAGUCCAUGUCCUACCUGUUCCGCAACAUAGGAGUGGAUGACUGAACAACACACACACACGCUCCGCUCGCCUUCUUCUUCCUCCUGACGUCCGCAGACACACGGAUGAAUGAUAAUCACAUACACACAUGAAUUUCCAGUGCCCUGCUUGUAUCGUAGUGUAAAAACUGCUGACCUAUCCUCUGCGUGCAGCUUGACAUAGAGGACGACUGAAUACACAUAAAACAGGCUGUGUCUCAACUCACGGGGCUGCGAAGGACUCACCCGUCAUCGGGGUCGAAAGGACGCAACUGUCUGCGACGUUUGAAGGAGCCUGGGAGAGUCCGGUGGCGCUGCUGUGAUGCAGUUGGUCUUCGAACGCAGCCUCUGGAGGACGCAGCCCCUGAAUUCAGACACAGCUGGAGACUUGUAGACUUGUUUCUUACCACUGGACUCCUGCCUGUCUCCUGCGACGACUGCUGCCAAACACAUUUCAGUUUUUUUACUCUCGUCUUUCUGAGUAGGUCUACCUCUGUUUAGUGCCCCCCCCCCCACCCCCCCCACCAGACAUGUUCCCAUUAUUACUAGAACAUGAUAUCUGUUGGCAUUGAAUGUCUCAUACUGAUGCUACUAGUGAAGGAGAUUGUACUGCAUGAGUGCCAGUGCCUUCUACAGGACGGACGACACACAGGCCUUCAUCGCGCCUAACGUUACUAAUUAAUAUCAGCUAAUUAACUUGUGUAGAGUAUCAAGAGUGAACGUUUAAAUCCAAACCUCAUUUAUUUGUGUUCAUUUAUGUCGUGUGUGAUUGUGCUACUAACACAAGUAGUUUAGGCUCGUUAGCUGUAUGUCUGUGUGGUUACCAUAGCGAUUAAAUGCUAAUCUGGUGUCAAAUCUGCUAGUUGCUAAAGACGAACUGGAAUUAAUUU